AUGCAAGCUAUUAUCCUCGCUGCGACCGGCCUUGCCCAGCUUGCCUAUGGACAUCCUGCUCAAUCAUUCUCAUUGCUAAGAGAUGACGUUGCAGACACCUACGACUACGUUGUCGUAGGCGCCGGUGCAGGUGGAAUGACUGUUGCCAACAGACUAUCUGAGGAUAGCACAAAAACUGUUCUUGUCAUUGAAGCUGGGCCGCUGCAUCACUACGAAGCUGGUUUCAUGAUUCCCCGUUUCUAUAAUGGUGAAAAGGGAACCAAGUAUGAUUGGAACCACACCACAGUUGCGCAGACCAACCUUAAGGGCCAAUCUAUGGUUUACACCCAGGGCCAUGUCGUAGGAGGCGGCACUUCAAUGAACGGUAUGGUCUUCGACCGAGGAACUCCUCAAGACUACGACAAUUGGGCCGCCCUCGGCAAUCCCGGCUGGGACUUCGAGACUCUUUUGCCAUACUUUAAGAAGAGCGAGACAUUCAACCCACCGCCACAAGACAAGGUCAUAGAUUUUGGAGUGACAUACGACCCCGAGUGCCAUGGAACUUCUGGACCGGUGCAAUCCAGCUUUCUUGAGUGGGCAUAUCCUCAGUAUACCGACUUUUUUGAGGGUAUGGCUUCGCUUGGCGUUCAACAUCCUCUCGAUCAAGGAUGCGGAAAGUCGAUGGGCGCUUACCUAACGACCCAUUCCCUCAACGCCGCGAAUCAGUCUCGUUGCGAUUCGCGCAUUGCGUACUAUGAUUCGGCUGUAAAUCGACCUAACCUUCACCUCUUGGCCGAGCACCAGGUCACCAGAUUGAUCUCAGAGAAGCAAGGAGAUAAGGUUACCAUCGCCGGCGUAGAAUUCGCCACAUCACCUGAUGAUGUCAAGCAGACCGUGCACGUCAAGCAAGAAGUAAUUGUAUCAGCCGGGGCGCUCCAUUCGCCCCACAUUCUUCUUCUCUCGGGUAUUGGACCGGCCAAGUUGCUACAGCAGCACGGAAUCGACGUCGUCGUUGAUCUUCCGGGUGUCGGUCAGAACUUGCAAGACCACGCAGGAGGAGUAACUUCAUGGACAAAGUUCCUGACAGCGAGUGAUUUGACUAACAACGCAACAUUGGACGCCGAGCAGGGUCGGCUUUAUUACGCGAACCGCACAGGCCGCUGGACCGAAGGCAUCCCAAACGCCAUGGCCUUCAUUCCUUUUCUCAACUUCAGCAGCACCGAGGACUUAGGGCAUAAAAUCGUCUCGCAGAUGGAACCGGCUCAGUCGGCGCUCUACCUUCCUGACGACACCGAUGCUACAGUACGAGCCGGCUAUCUCGACCAAGUUGCAGUUAUCAAGGCGGCACACGAGAACCGCACGACGGCCGGGAUGGAACUCAUAUACCUAUCAGGCGGCACAAACAUCGUCAAUGUUCUCCUACACCCUCUGAGCCGAGGUUCUAUACAGCUCAAUUCGACCGACCCCUUCGUCGCGCCCGUUAUUGAUCCCAACUUUCUUGCCCACCCCGCCGACGCGCUAGCCCUGAUUCAAAUGGUGCGCUAUAACCGUAGACUGAUGGCCACAGAUGCGAUGGCAAAAUUAGAGGCGGUGGAGACACUGCCCGGCCUAGAUUACGAUACAGACGAUGAGAUACUCGACAACACAAAGUCGGUUCUCCAGCCGUUCCUUCAUCCUGGUGGGUCAUGUGCAUUGCUUCCGCUGGAGAAGGGAGGUGUUGUGGACACUGAGCUGCGCGUAUAUGGCGUGAGCAACUUGCGGAUCGCAGAUGCGAGUGUCAUCCCUCUGUUGAUCUCCGCACACACACAGGCCACCGUGUACGCUAUCGGAGAAAGGGUAGGUUCAAAAUUGAAGGAGUGA